AUGUUGUUGCCAAAGGGUGGAGUUAACUGGAAGUCCGCGAGAUCGCGGUUACCGCCAUGGAGGGCGGUUCUCGUUCUCCUGACACGCACUCGGUUUCUGAUCUCGAUUGCCGUGACUGGUCUGAUUCUCCUGCUUUGGCGUGGCGUCAGCAAGUCCGCGUCGGAGAUGCAAAAUUUCUACUGCUAUGGCUCGAGCAAGUCGCCGAUGGAGAUGUCCAUCAACGAGAUGGUCGAGUGGAAUGCUCACGCCCAGACUCCUGUCCUCUUCAACCACCACGCCCCCUACGAAGUGAACAACACCUCCAUCGCUGAGGUGGACCUGAACCCUAUCUCCUCGACCGUGCAGGCCGUUUCUAACCGUGAGCGCGUGCUCAUCCUGACCCCUCUCCGCGACGCCGCCCCCUACCUCGAGAAAUACUUCGAUCUCCUGUACAAGUUGACCUACCCCCACGAACUGAUCGACCUGGCUUUCCUGGUUGGCGACACCAAGGAUGACACCUUGGCCAACUUGGCGUCUGAACUCGAUCGUAUCCAGAACCACGCCGAUGAAAAAAUCCGCUUCCGCAGUGCGACCGUCGUCCGUAAGGACUUUGGCGCUGAUGUUGAGAUGAGCGUUGAGGAGCGACACGGUUUCGCUGCUCAGGGUCCUCGCCGCAAGGCGAUUGGGCGUGCUCGCAACUACCUGCUCUACUCUGCGCUCAAGGCUGAUCACUCCUGGGUUUACUGGCGUGAUGUGGAUAUUGUGGACUGCCCUGAGCGCAUUCUGGAGGACUUCAUGGCCCACGACAAGGAUAUUCUGGUCCCGAACAUUUGGUUCCACCGUUACCGUGAUGGCCGUGAUGUUGAGGGUCGCUUCGACUACAACUCUUGGAUCGAAUCUGACAAGGGUCGCCGCUUGCGCGCAACCCUGGACCCUGACACCGUUUUGGCUGAAGGUUACAAGGAAUACGACACCGGCCGCACCUACAUGGUCAGCAUGGGUGACUGGCGAAAGGACAAGGACGAGGAGGUUGAGCUUGACGGAAUUGGUGGCGUGAACAUUCUCGUCAAGGCCGAUGUCCACCGCUCAGGUAUCAACUUCCCCGCAUAUGCAUUCGAGAACCAGGCCGAGACCGAAGGUUUCGCCAAGAUGGCUAAGCGCGCCGGUUACCAAGUCGUCGGUCUGCCCAACUACGUCGUCUGGCACAUCGAUACCGACGAGAAGCCCGGUAACCUAGGAGAUCGCAAGGCGUACUAA